CAAUAACAGUCAGUGUCCUUUGAAGGGAAAUUUAUUUUUUUUUCUUCAUUUUUUUCAACUUCCACAAUUUUUCUCCAAAAAAAAUUUAAAAAUGUCCAUUUACAUUUUAUUCCCCCUUCUAUUAAUCUUUCAUUGUAUUAAUGCUGAGAUAACAAUGAAUGAAUGGCCUGGAGCUGGGAAGAAAAUGGCUCGUGGUGGUUUAGUCGAAUCUGAGGGGGUAAAGGCAAGAUUUGUUAUAAAUGAAGGGUUUAGCCCAAAAGAUCAAAACGUCUAUAGAUAA